CGCCGCAGCAGGUGUCUCUCCACCAGCAACCCAGAGAUCGUAGUUUCAGCCCAUACAGACCAGUACAGCACCAGAAAAGACAGCAUGAAACUGGACGCCAAGCAGAAUGGACUGGACCAGGGGCCUCCCAAGUACCUCAACGAGGACUUCUUCAAGGCGGCCUUGGAGGACGGACUGCGGGACAUGCGGGUGGACAUCAAGAAGAUCAUCUUCGCCGAGUCGAGCGGUGGGGGCGGUGAGAACUACUGCAGCAAGAUCUACAGGGCCAAGGCGCUCUACCGCAGCAGCAAAAGGCAGCUGGACGAGGAGCUGGCCAUGAUUGUCAAGAGCAUUGCGAUCACACCGGCCACCCAAUUCCUCGAGGAACUGGCCGUCUAUCUGCGCGAGAAGAUAUUCUACUUCGACGUCCUCGGCAAACUGGAGAUCCUGAUCGGCGACGGGUCAAAGUUCGGGGCCAAGUGCCUGUACACCACCCGCGAGCCCAUCCAGACGAUCGUCUUCGACGACCUCACACAGUACGGCUACAAGUUGGCCAGCCGGCAGAGGGGCCUGAACGAGGAGCACUGCGUGGUCAUCCUGAGGAAGCUGGGCAAGUUCCACGCCAGCUCAAUGGUGCUGGCCGAGAAGGAGCCAGGUGUACGGGAGCACUUCACGACUGGAAUGCUGGACGAGAACUACAUCCGGACCAACGAGCGGUUCAUCAACUUCAUGACCCUGCAGUGCCGAACACUGGCAAACAUGGUUGCCAAGUGGACCGGAUACGAGUUGCUGGCCGAGAAGCUGCACCACCACUGCGACAACAUCAAGGAGAACCUGGUAACGACCGGUCGGCCCUUGCCCGGAGAGAUCACUGUACUGAACCACGGCGACCUGUGGGUGAACAACUUCAUGUACAAGUACGACGACGAGCAGCCCACGAAGCCCAUAGAUGCCAUUUUCGUGGACUUCCAGAACAGCUUCUUCGGCAGCCCGGGCUGCGACAUAAACUUCUUCCUGAACAGCAGCGUCCAGCUGGACGUGCUGAUCAACCGGCGUGAGUUCCUCAUCCAGACGUACUACGAAUCCCUGCGAGACAGCUUGGAGCGGAUGCACUCGUCGUUCGUGCCCAGCUAUAAGGACAUCCAGAAGGAGAUCCGCGCCAGAGAGCUGUACGGGUUCUUCUCGUCCUACGCCUUCCUGCCGAUGGUCACCAUGAAGAAGGAGGACUCAUACGACAUCAGCAUCGAGGCGCUGACGGACGAGACCUUCGCCAAGAAGAAAGUCGAGCUGAUGUUCUCCUCCAAUCCCCGCACCACGGAAACUCUGCGCUACGCCCUGCGCCGAUUUGAUGACCUCGGCAUAUUCGAUUAAUAUGUAGGGUUUUUAGAUCAGCGAUCCUUCGAUCCUAAAGCUAAUCGCUUCUUUUGCUAGAUUUACCAACGACUUAAUGUUUUUGUUUGUAAACAAUACGUAGAGUUAAGCGAAUUCUAUAGAUUCUAUUAUGUACUCAUAAGUUAUAUAAAACUGCCUAGAUAGGGUUUUCAGUUUCACGGAGAUAUAAGUGUGUUUUCCUGUAUUUUUAGUGGGUUAGUUUUAAACAAAUAAAUAAAAUUGAUUGAAAAUAAAA